AUGGCCGGCGCUACCCCCAAGGACGUCCAGGAGUACCUCCAGCAGUCCCACGACCGCAUCUUCGAGAACAACCGCCAAUGGGCCGCUGCCAAGAAGGAGCAGGACCCGGGCUACUUUGUCAGCCUCAGCGCCGGACAGUCCCCCAACUACCUCUGGAUCGGAUGCAGUGACUCGCGUAUCCCGGCCGAGCAGAUUACUGGUCUGGAGCCCGGCGAGACGUUUGUCCACCGCAACAUUGCCAACCUCGUUGUCAAUAACGACCUCAACGUUAUGAGCGUCAUCAACUACGCUGUCCGCCACCUCGGCGUCAAGCACAUCGUCGUCUGCGGCCACUACGGCUGCGGCGGUGUCAAGGCUGCCAUGACCCCCAAAGACCUUGGUCUCCUCAACCCCUGGCUGCGAAACAUUCGCGACGUCUACCGUCUGCACGAGGAAGAGCUCGAUGCCAUUACCGAUGAGGAGAAGCGCUACGACCGCCUAGUUGAGCUCAACGUCCUUGAGCAGUGCCGCAACGUCAUCAAGACCGCCGCUGUCCAGCAGUCCUACAAGAAGAACAGCUACCCCAUUGUCCACGGCUGGGUCUUUGGCUUCAAUGACGGCCUCCUCACCGAUCUCAAGAUUGACUUUGAGGGAUUGCUUGCCAAAAUCCAGAAGAUCUACAACCUCACCGACGAAUAA